GUUCGGGCGGCUCCUCCCAGCACACCGCCGGGCGAGCCGGCUUAUUUCGCCGGGGAGCAACAACGCCCAGUCGGUCAGCCUUUUCGAUCCGCGCCGCGCGAGCGCGCCCUGUUUGAGCCCCGCUAUCCCUUUGUGGGCUCGAGUUCGUGAGCCACAGCGUGGACGGCAGCGCUGACAGCUCUCAUUCGUGACUCGGUAGUGCUCUUCGAGAGUCCCCGCGUCGCGCGCUCUCCGGUGAGGUGCGCUUGGCGCGCAGAACGAAACGGAAUGUCAGUGCGCGCCCUUGUAAAUCCUGAUUUCCGGCAGUACGAGCGAAAAGCUUGAGUCUCAGUUUCUCGUGUAAACCACUUCUAAAUGGUGUAUCAUAUUCUCUCACCUUGACAACUCCGUUCCCAAUAUGCAUUCAAUAAUGUAGUGCCCCGCCGAACCAUUUUUAAGCUGAGAUGUAACUCCUAGGACGGCGCACGUCGAAUGGACAUUUCGUACGUUGUGUUCAACAUAAAUGCGAUUCACUCGCUUUUGGUACAACGACAAUGAGACAACCGUGAUGGCUCUUCAGUGGGACAACUUCGAAACGGCCUGAGGAUAACUUCACAACAAGAACACUCUUUGGAGAAUCAUCGGCAUCUUCGGGAAUGCUUCAUCACAGGUACGAAUCAUCUGCAGAACUACUCGUUCCUGCUGGCGUAGAAGAAAGGAGGAGGUGACCGGUGUUCUCACCACGGGAGCUCAUGUCCGUACAAGUUCUCCAAGAUGACCCGAUGGACGCCACGGCGGUGGCGAAUCGAGCGGCACAGAGGCAGCGGCUUUGUCUUCCGAGCGAUCAGGGUUUUGUCACUCUUAGUCGCUCUGCUCACGGUUGUUUUCUGGACACACGCUUUUUACCGAUUUUCCGGUAUUACCGAUCAAAAUGGAGAAGCUGACGCUAUAUUUACGCCAGCUACUAAGACGCAUUCCACAAUCGCUGCCGCUGAGGUACGCACGGUAUCAGACACCGCUCCCAGCAGGGGAAUACCUCGCGGUGAAGUUAUGCCAUCGCCAGCAUCAAGGCCCCACCUGCGCGAGACUUUCAAGGAGCAACCGAUGAGUGCUGGCGACUGGGUGUCCACCGACGCCUACCCCAGGACGAAACUGAAGCUCUUCUUGUACUCUGCGUACUUAGACAACCGCCUCGCCGUACCCGUGGUUCGGGUCAUAGGCGCAUACGCCAGCGUGAACGGUGCUCAAGUUUCUUGUAGACUCGAGUAUGCCAACGGUGAAGGAAAUGUGGUCGCUGCCGCGCAGAAGACCAUCAAUGAGAACUGGAAGCUCAAGUACGGUGCGGUCUUUUUCUCGUGCCCUUAUUCCGACGACGAAGACAAUCCGCCGCCGGUUCGCGUGCGACUGAAGGAGACCUACGAACUCCAGUGGAGCCCUUCAAUACCAAUAUGGCCUCUGGAAACAAGGCCAGGCGAAGCGACCGGACGUUUCGCGGUCUGCGUGAAGCCCCUGCACUACAAGUACGACAGAGUGUCGUGGCUGGCCGAGUUUGUAGAGUUCCAUAGAAUUGUUGGCGUAGAUCGUUUCUUCUUCUACAAUCACAGUAUAGGAACGAAUGUUGAGAGACUGCUACGUGUGUACAUAGGAAAAGGUGUCGUCACGAGCCUUCCGUGGAACCUGGACAUCAAAUCACAAAAGGAAAUCCGCACUGAAGGCCUGUUCGCAGCUCUCAACGACUGCGUGUACCGCAGCAUAAACCAUUUCGACUACGUCCUUGUGCUCGACUUGGACGAGUUUGCCGUUCCUCGGAAGGACGACAGCCUCCCCGCAAUGGUGACCAGACUGAAGCGCUCUGCGCCGCGCACCAUGAGUUACGUACUCCUCAACAGCUUCUUUUACCUCUACUGGGAAAACGACACUGCCGCCUACGGAGCUCUGCCAGAGACAACCCCUCUGGAGAUACCCUAUCUGCUUACACAGUUCAAGACUCGCCGGUCGAGAAAAGUGUUCCGAGUGGGCUCGCGCUCCAAGUACAUCGUGCGUCCGGUGGCGGCUGUAGAAGUGGGGAACCACGUCGUCUGGAGAUACCUUGGAGGUCGUCACCAGGCAACUCAACGGGUGUCACCAGAAGACGCCCUGCUGCACCACUACCGUAUCUGCGAGUUCGGCGGCUUCGACUGCGUCAAGCAACCCUCCAUAGUGGACCGUUCGGCCUUGCGCUUCAACACCUCACUGCUCGAGCGUGUAAACAGUGUGUGCGCGCAGGCUUUCCCGGAUGUUAGACGCUGCCCCAAAGCUCCAGGUCUAGGAAGCCCUUGGUGACCCGUACAGCAGUGAAAAGAUCCCUAUUGUCGAGAAAUGGUAGCGUUCUAGCGCAAAGUGUUUUUGUAUAUACGUAUAGUUUCAAGCUAUAGAAGGAGGCGACGUUCGUGAGGUGUACUAUUAAGAGAAGUGUAGAUUGCUGAUCCAGUAAAUAGAUAUAUUGGCACCUGUGCAAAGUCUGUCUCUUCAGAAGUGACAAAACAACGGGAAAGAAAGUUCGUGCGAAUCAAAUAUACCGAAUUUGCAUGUUUGCCUAGAUGAUCAUGUAAUAGACUGUGAGUAAUAUUGCAGUAAGGGUGGUACUAACGCUUUAUUCACAAACUCAUAAAUAACAUGCCUCGUACGUUUGCAAGCUGUCCUUAUGUUGGUGGAAGAAAUUCCUAAGCUUUGAGUCGUAGACGUUCAUAUUAUUAUCCUGGACGUAUUAAUGCUAGAGAUCACAAGCGAAAAGCCACAUUUGGAAUUUGGGGCCAUCUUUCGAAGACGCGAACUGCGCCGAAUUACU